AUGGGAGACAGAUCAAGUCCCAGCUUCGAGAUGGGCAACAACGCUACCGUCAAAGCCGACAAGGACAUCAAAGUCACUACCGCAGCAGAACCAGACUCUGGAAGAAGUUCCACCAUCAACUACCAUGAUAAAGAUCAAUUAGAGCGUAUGGGGAAGAAGCAGGUCCUUCGCCGCAACUUUGGCUUUCUGUCUAUCCUAGGUUUCAGCUGCACCAUUCUCAUCACAUGGGAAGCCAUUCUCGUCCUCUUCGCCCAAGGCCUCAACAACGGCGGCACAGCCGGUCUCGUGUACAGCUUCAUCGUCGUAUGGAUUGGAAACUUCAGUGUUUUUGCCUGCAUGUGCGAGCUGGUCUCUAUGGCACCUACUUCUGGAGGACAAUACCAUUGGGUCGCCAUGAUGGCACCGCGCUCCUGUUCCAAAUUUCUCAGCCAUCUCACAGGCAUGCUUACGGUCGGCGGCUGGCAAGGAUCCGUAUCCUCGAGUGCCCUUCUCACGGGAAACAUGAUUUUGGGAAUGGCGACUAUGAACAAUGAAUCUUUUGAGCCUCAACUUUGGCAGGGAACCCUUCUCUUUUGGGCAAUCUUUUUGUUUGCCGUUUUCAUCAACACCCUCGUCAGUUCGGUGCUGCCCAAGUUUGAGGGUCUCAUCUUGAUCCUCCACAUCCUCGGUUUCUUUGCUAUCCUCAUCCCACUUGUUACUCUUGGACCCCAUGCUACUGCUUCGGAUGUCUUUGGCACUUUUGUGAACAACGGCGGUUGGUCUACUAACGGCGUGUCGUUCAUGGUUGGUAUGAUGGGUAACGCCUUUUCUUUCGUCGGCACUGAUGCUGCCUUCCACAUGUCUGAAGAAACCGUCAACCCCUCUGUCGUCGUCCCCACCUCUAUCCUCCUCAGUCUCUGCAUCAACGGAUCCUGUGGCUUCGCCAUGCUCAUUGCCAUGGUUUUUUGCAUGGGCAAUGUCGACGAGGCCUUCGCUUCGGGUCCAGGCAUGCUCGGAUUCCCUUACAUGUACAUCUUCGAGCAGGCGACCAACUCCCGAGUUGGUGCUACCGUCAUGUCUGCUAUCAUCGUCAUCCUGGCAAGUUGUGCGACCGUCGGAAUGCUCGCCUCGACUUCCCGUGUCUUCUGGUCCUUUGCCCGUGAUCGCGGUCUUCCUGGAUGGCGUAAGCUGUCACAGGUCAGCGAGCGUACUACCGUUCCGGUCUACUCUGUUCUUUGCACCGCUGCCAUUUCCGUCCUGCUAUCUCUCAUCAACGUCGGAUCACCAGUGGCGUUCCAGAACGUCACCUCUCUUUCCAUCUCCUGCCUCUACUCAUCCUACCUCAUUGCUGCCGGACUCCUACUCUACCGCCGUGUCACCAAGGGCUUUUCCCUUCCCGGUUCCACCGACCUUCCCGCUUUGGCCAACACCACUGGUGCCGAGCUUGUUUGGGGACCAUUCCAUCUCAAAGGCGCUCUUGGCAUUGCCAAUAAUGUCUUUGCCAUGUGCUACCUCAUCGUUGUCGGCUUCUUCAGCUUCUUCCCGCCUAUGGUAGACCCCACUGUUGACAUGAUGAACUACAGUGUUGUUGUCACAGGUGGUCUUGUCAUAUUCAGUGUUGUAUACUACUUUGUCUGGGCGAGAAAAGAGUACAAUGGGCCCAUUGUUGAGAACUAA